GACAAUUGCCACGAGCUGCAGGAAGAAGUGACUGCGCUUGAGCGCAACCUGAUGGAAGUGGAGAAGAAGAAUGCUGCUAAGAUUUCGCAGCUCGAAGGCGAAGCAAAGGAGAAGGAGGUGAAACUGGACCAGCUUACUAUGGCGACGUCUCGGUUGCAGCAAAGUGUCAGGGAGCUGGAAGAAACUCGCCAGGCAGAGAACAGAGAUGCUACAAACAAGGAGCAAAACCUUCGCAACGUGCUGCAGACGAAGCAGACCGCGCUUCAGUCAGCCCUGCAGUUCAGCGGAGAGGUGCAGGCUGAACUUCGCACUUGCAAAGAACAGAUCCUCGCGCUGACUCAGAAGGUGCAAGCUGCCGAGAACUUGCUCCGUGUGCAGAACAACAAGAACCAGGAACUGUCGAGUCGCUUGCAGAUCGCGCAAGCUGAUUCGCAACGCUUGUCGACAGAACAGAAGCGGCUGCAGCAGGAGAAGGCAGCAGCCUUGGUGCGUGAGCAGCGCAUUCAGGAGACGUUGAAGAAGACCGACCACAGGCAGCAGGCUCUGGAACAGAUCAUUCCUUUGAUGGAAGCAGAUGAGAAGAAUUUGAAGGAGCGGAUAACCCUGCUCGAGGACCAGGCUCAGAACGAGAAAGUCCUUUCGUAUCGACUGCAAGAGUGUGAGGAUGACAACGUCAGGCUAGCAGCGGACAUACAGCGGAUGCAGGCCUACUUCCAGGAGAAGGAGAAGGAAAAGGUGGAGUUGGGCAAAUAUCUCGCAACCUUCCAGGAGCGCGCCCGUGAGGCUGCGGCUGAGGCACAGGCCUUGGGGAUCAAGGCCGAGGAGUCAGUGCGUGCAGAGCAGGCGCAGAGAACUGCGAUGGAGGCAGAGAUCCAGAAGGCCCGAAACGCCGAGGCGCAGGCACAGCGAGAAGCGGCUUUUGCCAAGCAGCUCGUUGAGGAGGCAAAGCUGGAAGAGUUGAAGGCAGUCCAGCAAGCACAGAGUGCGAGCUCGGAGCAGGCCGCCUUGCUGCUUGCUGAAGCAUCGGCGGCACAGGAACGUGUACGCCAAGCUCUGCAGACGGAGGCUAAGGCGGCUAAGGAUGCCGAAGCGGCCAAGCAAGCUGUUGCCAAGCUCCAGGGGCAAGCCUCGCAAGCCUCGAAGGUGCUGCAAGUGCAGUCAGCAGCUUGA